AACUAAACAUACAUAACCUCAGAUAAUCGUUGAAAUCUCGAUGAGUAGCGAGACUAGCGUUAAUAGUAAUUUUGCAAGAUGAAUUCGAAAAAUGUUGGUACGGGCGAACGUUACAAUUUACGUUGGAAUAAUUUCCACAACAAUCUAGUGCAAGUGUUUUCGGAUUUGAAAAAUAAAGAACAAUUAGUGGACGUAACAAUAAUUUGUGAGGAACAGCACAUCAAAGCUCAUAAACUAGUUUUAGCAGCAUGCAGCGAUUUCUUUAUGGAUUUAUUCAAUAACACGAACGUAGCACAUCCAAUUAUCAAGUUUUACGAUAUAAAAUUAUCGAAUUUAAUACAAAUUAUUCAGUUCAUAUAUCAAGGGGAAGUGAAAGUAUUGGACGUGGAUUUGGAAAGUGUUUUGAAUUUGGGGGAGAAGUUUCAAGUAAAAGGUUUAUCUUCGGUCAAGUUAAAACAUCAAGUAGGUCCUACAGGUGAAUACGUCGCCCCGAAAUCAGUGAAAUACAAAAUUUUAUCACAGUAUGGUAAAUCGAUUCCAGAUACAACAAUCAAUGCUAAAACAAACAUACCUAUAGUGGAAAUUAUCGAUGAUACUAACGUGGAACCUUCAAAAAAGAAAAUUAAACUAUCGGUAACGACGAAAAAAAAUACAGACGAAAUUAUACAUAAAACUACAGAAACGAAUAAAAAACCCAUCGAUGAUACUACUUUGAGCACUUCAACAACUCCGGUUCGUAAAAAUGUUAGUGUUUUGAAAAUCAAUCAACCCAAUAAAGCAACCAUUGUUAUCAAAAAUUACGGUAAAAUUCCAAAUAAAGAUACAUCGCCGCCAAUAUAUAACAAUCAAUUGUGCGCAAACACCACCAACAAUAAAAGUAAAACAACUUUGAAACAACAACCAAAGGAAGAUACAACUAGAGAGCAAUGUGAUGAUACAAAGGAUAGAUCAGAUAAACCGAACGCUUUUAUGUUAUUUUCCAAAGAGUGGAGAAAGAAAUUGGGAGUGGAAUAUCCGAAUGAAGAUUUCAAAAGUAUAUCUGUAAGAUUGUGUGACUUGUGGAAAUCGCUAACGCCCGAAACCAGAGAAUCUUAUUAUUUAGCAGCUCGUAAGGCACAACUCUCCAUACCUCAAUCAAAAUCGGCUGCCACAUAAAAAAAAUUGUAUUAUUUUGUAAAUAUUGUAUCUAUAGGUUUAAAAUAAUUUUUUGAAAGGAUAAGAAGAAUUUGUUUCAAUUUCAAUGAUGUUAUUUAAUUGAAUACAAUUAAAUUAUUUGUUUAUUUAAUAAGAAAUGUGUACUAUAAGACUACACCAAUUGUAUAAGCUUUUGUAAAUUUUUAUUUUCGUGUACAUAAUUAAUAUUAUCGGAUUUAUGUUAUCAUUAUACAUACAUAGUAUGUGAACUGAUUUUCGCUUAAUAAAAUUGAUUAGAAUUAA